AUGAAUCACUACACUCUCUUUGCACUCAGCGCUGCCGUUGCUCUCUUGGGCACGGUGAGCGCGUCAUUCCCUUACAAACGAAGUGCCGGAGCUGAGGUGCUGUUGCGUCGCGGUAUCGACAGGAGUGAUGGCUCCAUUCAUCCAAACAGAUUCACGUUUGAGGGCGAGUACAAGAGCCCAGAUGCAGUUGCGCUCGCUGCUGUGAAGAUGUGCAACGAAUUGCAGAAACCCGGCAUUGAGCUCGAUCGUCACCUCACUUUCGUUCUCGCUCCCUCGGUCGACAUGGCUAAGCGCACGAUCGACUUCUUCUGCAGCAGCUGGAACGACCAGAGUAACUAUUAUGACGAAAGCUUCAACGCCGGAAGGUUUCUGGGUUGGAAUGGACCCUUGCCCAAUGUCGUUGGCAACAUCGGCAGGUACACGCACGAGGUCCAAGCUUGGAAAGCACCCAAGGGCAAGCACCUCGACGACUCGUACGCCAUCGGACAGGCAUGGACCAAAGCUUGCGCUGCUGCCGCCAAAGCCCACAACGGAUUCAUCCUCAGCAUGCCAGACAUCAAGUUCCCACUCAACACGCCGGACAAGGGUAAUUACGACAGAAUGCUGCUUCUGUGCGAGGUCACCAACGAGGAAUAUGGUCUCGAUCCCAAGUGA